AUGGCGUGUAGUCGAAGCGUUUUAGAUUCACCUUUUGGAGAGAAAGUUAGCGAUGAAAUACGAGAGAUAUUUGAAAUAUGCAAAAAUGGCGAUGUUUCUAAAGUACGAAGGUAUAUUAUGAAUGGUUUGGACUUGAAUAUACGUGAUACGGCAGGACGAAAAUCAUCGCCACUUCAUUUUGCUGCUGGUGAGUACAUUCGCCUCCUUUGGGUGGAAAUAUUACGAAUUUCUGUCACUUUUAUUGCCAUUUAUUUGUAUGUUUUCAACAUUUAUAUUUAUAUAUAAUAUCCUAAAUACUUCAUAAAAUGUUCUGAAAUGUUUAACUUAUAAUAAAUCAUUGUUGAUAUAGCAAUAUAGCUUACUGUAAAAUCAUGUUUUCACAACAACAUUUUUUCCUAAUUCGAUCCAAAGGUUUUAUGAGCAUAUUUUCACAAUACGUUCAAAACUGUCAAUGCUAGAACCAUGGAAAUAACCGUAUCCACUACAGGAAGAAUGCUUAGGGCUUCGUUCGACAAAUAUUUUGUUUUGCUGUUGAAAAACAGCAAUGUUUACACUGGCAAAAUUUGAUACUGUUGUAUUUAAUUCACGCUGACGGACAAAGUUCAUAUGGCUUUGUUUUGAUUUGGACUUCGUGUGAUUUUGUUUUAUGGUAUAAUACCUUAAAAAAUCACCAUGUAAACAGUGAAAUUUUGUAAAUAUUGUAUCGUGUUAUAGCAGGCAAUGCUUUAUAACUCUCAGACAUAACAAUUCAAUUAUAAACAGCGAUUUUUGAAUUCUUUGUGUCAUUUCCAGUUAUAGUAUCAACACGGACUUUAAAUACCACUACUGAUGAGGUUAAACAAUUGAUGCCCAACAUUCAUCUUUGAUGAGUAAAAUUGUCUCAUACAUGAAAUCACAUGAACAAAAUCAAUCUGAUGUUCUGAGAUCAAGAUUUAAAGUCAACCCAUUGCAAAUUUUUUGGGCAUUGCUUCGGAAAUUUAUCUUUAUUAUCUUUGAUCAAUUUCAGAAGGAAUGCUGGAUCCAACCUGACCUAGUAACAAUAUUUUUCUUUUGAAACUAACUUAAGAUUGACUUUUUUUUCUGUUGAGUAUGGGUAUAGCACAGAAAUUACAAAGAUUUAUUUUGGGUUUAAGGCACUAAAGAAUGAAAUCCAACACCACAGCUAGAAAGAGCAUCUUAGAAUGAGUAAACCUGCAAAGAUUGGUUGCUAAAUGUUGUAAAAUGAAGAAGAUAUAGCCUUUGUGAAGCUCACAAAUUUUGUAUAUAUUUGUAUUAUGCACGGUAAAAUUUAUCCCUCUUGUAUUAAAAUGCAAAUAUGUACAAAAUUUGCGAACUUCACAGGGCUAUAUUUCCUCGUUUUACAACAAUUUGCAACCAAACUUUUCAAUUUUACUCAUUUUAAGAUGCUCUUACGAUACAUAAACACUUUUAAGAUACAUAUUAGGAAAGCUAAGCAACCCUUUUAGGCAUGAUAACUUUGCUGCAAGCCAUUAUAUUGUGUUAGUAUGGUAUGAUAAUUCUAGGACCUGUGUAUGUUGCUUGACUGAUUUUGAAAACAUGUAAUAUCACUGCUUGAAAAUGUUGCUACGUUGCAUUCAGAAUCUAUGUAAUUGUUUUCUAACUUUUCAUGCCGCUGUCACAAUUUGGAUAUAAUUCAUGUCAUAUGUCUCUGCUUUACUUUCAGCAUGUUGCUAUUUCAAUGUAAUGUUGCCCAUCAGAAUUUAUCCUAACAGUGCCUGAUUUCUGUGUUUUAAGGUUUUGGAAGGAAAGAAAUUGUUGAAGUUUUACUUCAUAGCGGAGCUGAUGUACAUGCAAGAGAUGAUGGUAUGUGUGUAUACAAUCUUUGUUUGCCAAACAAUCAUAUGUUUCUAUGCAGUUGAACCUCUCUAAUACAGAAAUUGAAGGUACCAAGCAAACUGUCUGUAUUAGACAAGUGUGUUUGACAAGAGGUUUGGCUGUAAUAACUUUGAGUAUGAAAAUGGCAUGGCAGUGGUUCUUUUUUGGGUGAGUUGACCUUAGGGGUGCACCGGAAGUCGGUUCCAGCCGGUUAGUUCCGGCCGGAACCCCGAUUUUUCAGAGUUCCGGUUCCGGCCGGAACUAAUAUGAAAAGUAUGGCCAGAACCGGAACUCUGUCGUUUUCAGAGAGAUGGAAUAUCAAACAUUUUUGUGUCUAAUAAUAGUUCACAGUAUACAGGGUUCUCCAUAGUUGUGAGUGGGACAGGUAAAACAGGUUUUUCAACAGGUAUAAGCAUCAAGUCGCACCUAUACAAACCUCUAGGGGGUCUGGGGUAUACCAACGGAAAAUUUUGAAAUCUGAAAUGGGAUUUCCUGCAUUUUGAGGGAAGAUUUAAACUUUUAUAGAAUACUAAAGAUUAUAUUCUAAACACACGCCAGUUUAAUUACUCAGUCCUCAGGCCCACGCUGGGUUGAUAAUAUAAUCAUUCCGCCAAAAAAUUUUGUUCACAGAUCGGGUUUAUAGGAUAUUUCUGUAUUCAAUCUAUCGAUGCUAAAUAAUUAAUAUUGUGGAAUUUCAGCAAUACUUGAUUGAUUGAUUGAUUGAUUAUUAAAGGAAUACCGAAUGGCGAAUGGUUUUCCGUGCAGGAUUGCGUGAUCCAUGCACGAGGGAUGUCGCGAGACUUUCGGAAAGCGUAAAAAUACUCGAGCUGCAGGCGAGUGUAUUUUGACACUUUUCCAAAAGUCGAGCAACAUCCCAAGUGCAUGGAUCACGCUAUCCUGCUUGGAAAACCAUUUGGUAAUUGUUUUAUAAAAUAACUGCAGUGAAACUAUGACGUUUUGAAAAUCCCGCGAAGGCAUUAUAAUUCCUCGUGCAGGAUAGCCUGAUCCUGCACGACUAUUGACCAAUAAAAUUGCGUGUUUCACUGUAGUUAUUAUAUAAAGGACUUUCUCACACCUUAUUACUAAUUAUUUCUUAACAAAUGUACACAAACGUAUAUUUAACUUGGGCUUCUCCAGGCGGUAAUCAGUGCUCGUGGAAACGGUAAAUUUUACCGGUUACCGCCUGAUAAGGAGAACCCUGAGUAUAGGAAGAAAUUUGGACUACGCAAGAGAAAUGUACACUAUUAACACUUCAUUAUGACGUUUGACGUUUGUCAAUCUUUUUAUUCUAAAAUUUGAAAGGUCUCUCCCUGGUGACUUGAAGUGUCUGUCUGGCAGCGGACAAAGUAUUACAUAUGACUAUGUAUGGCUUAAUAAAUUUAACAUGAUGUUUUUGUCUCUCCAAUUUUUUUUUUCAUGGACAAAUUUACAAAUGAUGGGGAUAUGACAUCUCUAUUACUGAAACCUAGGAUACUUUCUCUAAUGUCAACACAUACAAAAAGACAAAGCCCUUCCCUCGUACUCUAAUUGUGCUGCCGCCCACAAUAAAACAAUAUUUAAUAACAUUUUUAAAAUUUCACUUGAGGUGGUCUCAUUCCAUUGCAUAAUGCAUGUUCUUUUGGCCAUGCUGAGGUGGUGAAGCUAUUGCUGAAACAUGGUGCAGAUGGUAAUGCAAGGGACAAUUGGAAUUUCACUCCGCUGCAUGAAGCAGCAGUGAAAGGAAAAGUUGAUGUUUGUAUUGGUAGGUCUCUCUGAUCAAUAGACAAUUCCCAUUAUAGACUAAUUUUUUAUCUUGGCAAAAAAAAGUAUAUUCCUGGAAAGGGCGUACUAAAAUGAGUAAAAUGUUGUAAAAUGCGGAAAAUAUACUUUAUACUUUUGUAUUGCGUGCAGAAAUUGCUACCACAUUUGGGCCGAAAAUGGUAGCCAUUUCCGCACGCAAUACAAAAGUAUACAACAUUUGCAAACUUUGCAAGGCUAUAUUUUCUGCAUUUUGCAACAUUUCGCAAACCAAACUUUGCAAUUUUAUUCAUUUUAGUAUGCUCUUUCUAGCUGUGGUGAUCUAUUUGCAUCUCCUUGCCUAGUUUUAAAAUUAGUUUAUAAUGGGAAUUGUCUAUUUUGACAAGAAAUGAACUAUAAAAUCAUGAUCCUAAAUUAUUUGUCUUUUCAUUAAAGUUUUACUUCAGCAUGGUGCAGAUCCUGGCAUCAGAAACACAGAUGGCAAAACUCCAUUGGAUGUUGCAGAAUCUUCAUGCAAAUCUGUUCUCAAUGGUUUGUUCUUCAGUCUUUAUCUUGGACCUGAUAUGCUUUUAAUCUUCCACAAACACUAUAGUAAUUAUAGAAAUAUAGGUCCAUUUUUAAAGUGCAUAUUUCUAAACAAUCGGUUUAAUUUACAAAAUCAGAAAUAUAGAUAUUUCUACCAAUUCUGAUUGUCUGCCGAUAAGGUAAAAAUUGACCCAAUUCUGAUACUGGUUAUCAGUUAAUCACUAACUUCGAAUGUAGGUUCACUUAGUAAACACAGUACAUUAACCCAUUAGUACAUAAGACUCUCCUUGUGAUGAGUAAAAUUGCCUGUGGCCAGAGUUAGCUAAAAUAAUAAAGUAGGGUGCAUUUGGGCGCUUACAGUAAUAGGUUAACAAGACACUUUGGCAGAUAGUUUGGUUAACCCAUCAGUGUGCAAGACUCUCCCCUUAUGCCUUGAUAUGUAAAAUCAUCUGGUGUUAGACAGAGUAAAAUACUAAAGAAGAGAACAGGGAACAAAGGAAUGGACCAUUUGCAUUAUAGACUAAAUUUUGAUCUAGACAAAAAUUUCAUCACAGCUUGAAAGAGCAUCACAAAAUUAGUAAUAUUCCAAAGUUUCGUUGCGAAAUGUUGUAAAAUGCGGAUAAUAUAGCCUUGCGAAGUUUGCUGUUUUUCAGUCGUUUUGUAUUACGCACGGGAAAUUGACAGCCCAAUCGGGUGUUGGGGCAUCAAUUUCCCGUUUGUAAUACAAAAUGACUGAAAAUUGCAAAUUUCGUAAGGCUAUAUUAUCCGCAUUUUACAACAUUUCGCAACGAAACUUCGGAAUAUUACUGAUUUUGUGAUGCUCUUUCAAGCUGUGAUGAAAUUUUUGUCUAGAUCAAAAUUUAGUCUAUAAUGCAAAUGGUCCAUUGGGUUAAUAGUGGGUUACACACUUUGCCCUGUCUGAUGUCAGAUGAGUUAUGAAGGGUAGUUAAAUGUGGAUGAUCACACAAUAAUUGUAGCAAGCUUAAAAAUCUCUUUUCAGUGGUUAGCACUAUCCAGCCUUCAUCUGCUCUAGCUAGGUGAUCAAAAAUGAUCUGAGUGGAUUUUUAAUAUGAUGAGGAUACCACUGGUCUCUUAUUGCUGCCAAGCAUUAGCGAGGAAAUGAUGGAAGGGCGAUGAUGAUUUUGAUGUAUUGAAAUAAGUCACUAGGCUAAACGAAAGUUCAAAUGCUGGUUAACAGAACUCAAAUGUUGUAUAGAAGAUCUUGUAGUUCAAGAAAAUUAUCAUUGCUGCUUGAACAACCUUUAGUUUACAGUUAACCCACAAUACACGUUCCACGCUUUAUAUACACAUGUGGCCACCAAGUUUAUACUUUAUAGUGUACUUUUUAUGCAGUGAAAAAGACACUUUUUGGUUGUACAGUAGUACAUCCUGCAUGUACAUAUCGGCAUGUUCCUUGCGAUAGUAACUCCUAACAUUAUUUUACAGGAGAUUACAAAAAAGAUGAAUUAUUGGAAGCAUCAAGGUUUGUUAGAAUUACCUAGUCAAAUGUCCAGUGGUAAUAGAAUAGCCAUUCAAUUCCCAAUCAUGACAUUCAAUUGUAGCAUUUAUACUUGCUUCUGUAUCCCUCUAGGAGUGGUAAUGAAGAGAAACUCAUGUCUUUACUUACACCUCUCAAUGUAAACUGUCAUGCGAGUGAUGGACGCAAGGUACGUGAUCGCCAUAAUAGUAAAAAUCUUAGAGAGAGUGCUGCAUUACUCAAAUACGAGAAAAGUGUAUACAGUCUUAAGAAAACCAGAGAGUGUUGCUCAACAACUUCAGAAAAAGCACUGGUCAAAGUUAACACUACCACAAAAAUGAUUACCUAUUGAAGGCCAGUUUGCCAUGCGAAGAGCAUUUAAUCUGUCAAUCCUGAUAUAAACACGCGGGUCUAAGGGUCUUGAAGAUUUGGUUUCAAGAAAAAGAUAGGCAGUUUAUCUGAAGGUAUAGCGUUCCAGUUAUAUUCAUUUCAAUGAGUUAGAGUAAAAUAAUAAAAUAGAGUGCAUUAGGGCAGAAUGCAACUCAAUGGGUUAGUAUACAACUGAGCUAUACAUUUUAAACCUGUUACGUUUGUACUGUAUUUCCAGUCCUCUAUCACUGAAAGAGAAGUAUAAUUGAUAUACAACUGAACAACACAUAUGAUAUUGUACAUUUGGUUUGUUGUAUUUUCUAGUCUACUCCACUGCAUCUGGCUGCUGGCUAUAAUCGUGUGAGGAUUGUUCAACUACUUCUACAACAUGGUGCUGAUGUCCAUGCUAAAGACAAAGGGUAUAACAGUACGCUGUAUUGUGACGUGUAUUCUUGUUCAAUGGUUUUUGGAAAUGGAAAUUUUGUGUGAAAACUAUGCAUAUUUUAGACCUAAUUGGGUAUUAUUGGGUGCAGAAAAUGGAACUAUUCGCCAUCUGGUAGGAAUCAAAUUUGUAGCCUUGGAAUCCUGGUGCAGCCUUCACGCAGACUGGUUCAGUUGCCAAGAGCUUACCAAUAACAGUCCAACUGAGCUGUGUAGCUCAAUAGUCAGAAGUUGCAUCGGGCACUGCAAUCAUAGGGCUGAAGAUUUAAGCCCUGCUGAAAGGACUAUAUACCGCGCGCAUCCAAGACGAGAAAGUAAUUUUACACAUUAAAGAGAGCAUGCCACAUACUAUCUAGUGGCUUUCCCUCCUGAUCUAUAGUAUCGUGCUUCUCGAUUUCAAUUGACUCUCUCAUUUUGCAAGAGAACAAUCAAUCACCAAAAUGGUUGCUUCGUCCCAUCCAAGUCCAAGUAUGUUUAGCCACAGCCAUAUUGUUUAUUUGACGAGAGCCAACAGAUCACGACACUUUGGUAUAUAAAAAGGGUGUGUGAAUUGAACAAGUGACAUAUUAUUAGCACUGAUGAAGAUCUGGGCUUACGGAUCGAAAGCUUUGCGGUAAUAAAUUUACGUGGUGUUUCCACAAACAAAAGUGUUACACUAUAUGUUUUAUCGCCAUGCAAACCUACAAAGAACUUGAUAUAGUUUAUGUAAUAUUAUAUAGUUUUUGCUAGAAAUUUCCAUUAACAAAAAACCUCUUCAACAUUCUAUUCCACUGAGGAAGAUCAGAUGCCCGAAGUUUAGACUAUUUAUUGUUGUGUUCAUCUUUAAUUAAAUUGAAGAUCUUGAAAUUUAUUAUAAAUUAUAUUCUUCUUGUUUAGCGGUCUUGUGCCUUUACAUAAUGCCUGUUCAUAUGGACAUUUUGAAGUCACUGAACUACUUAUCAAGGUUUGUAUAACAAAUAAUAUUGGAAGAAAUUAGCCAAAUAAUAUUGGAAGAAAUGAGCCAAGUAUUGUUAACAUAAAGUCGAGUUCAAAACCAGCUUGAGUAUCGUAUUCCUCUGAUAAUGUAUCUGACAUAGAACUCCUGUAUAAUAUUUAUUUGAACUUACUGUAUAAAGGGUUAUUUUUUGUGUGUUUCAGCAUGGUGCCAAUGUGAAUGCAAUGGAUUUAUGGCAGUUUACACCGAUACAUGAAGCAGCCUCUAAAUCAAGGUCUUAAUACCAACAUAUUUUUUACCUUACGAUUCGUCCGUUUCUUUAGCAUCUCACUAUAACAUACGUAAACAUCUGCAUUUACUUCUUCAUGCUGUACUUUACAUUUAAGCUCGUUACGUUCCCAGAGAGAUUUUCUCACCUGCAGUUUGUUGGUCUUCUUGGGCUGUUCACAUUUUCCCAAAGUUCCAUAUACUAUUAAAAUUCUAGUUCUUAUUCCUUUAUUUCUUUUCAUUUUGUCUGUAUGUGUAAGUCACAUUCAACACCUAAGGGUUCCCGCUACUGGUACAUACUGUAUAUAUAAGCACUUAAGAUGUAGGAGUUCGCUUAAUUCUUGGUCUCUUAUGUGGCAAUGAUGAUAGUAAAUCAAAAUAUUUUUCCAUGAUUAUUAAAAUACGCUAUACUGAGCUACAUUUUCGUCACUUCCUUAAUAUACUGAUUGCUACUCCUCAUGGUCAAAAGACAUUUUCUCUCAUUGUUCUACACUCUUCUUCUGUAUUCUUUCAUUUCUUUUCAAUGGCUCUAAAAUUUUCAAGUCACAAUAAUUUCUCUUGCAAGGUUUGCGUGUUCUUUGUUUUCUUCUCCUUUUUGCCCAAGGCAGAUGUUUGUUUCGUGACUGUGAAAGACAAAAUGUCUAUAGGAAAAAAAAAAUAUGUGGGUUUCCGGUUUCCCGACCCUACCUAGCUUUUGGACGUCGAAAUCCCGACCCUAAACUUUUUUAUUGGAUCAUGCUUGUAAAUGUUUCCACUUACAGGAAAAAGUUUUUGGAAAAUUGAAAUUUGAGGCAAUAUUAGGGGAAUUUAUCUUUGGAUGUGGAAGCACUGACUAAACAAAAUGGCGUCCGCUUAUUCGGAAAAUUAAAAAAAAGUUUAAAAAAAAAAGUUAAAACCGACCUACCCUACCUAAGUUUUUAUAAGAAGAAACCGGAAACCCAGCUCCUCCGGUUUUCCUUCUUUACUAAAAAUUGAACCUCACUUUCUAUUCGGCAAAAGACUGGAAAAGGUAUUGUGGUUACAAAGCUCUAGGACAAAAGUGUUUUUAUAGUGCAAAGAAAAUUACGAGAGUUUAAAUUCAGGAUAAAUUCCUGUUACCCUUAUGCAUCGAUCCCCAAGUAACUAUAACCCUCUGGGACUUUGUCAAUAGACCUUUCCCCUUAUGAGUGAAAUUUUGAUCUACAUGUAGACAAGUCUGGACAAAAAUUUCAUCACAGCUUGAAAGAGCAUCACAAAAUUUGUAAUAUCCCGAAGUUUUGUUGCGAAAUGUUGUAAAAUGCGGAUGAUAUAGCCUUGCGAAGUUUGCCGUUUUUCAGUCAUUUUGUAUUACAAAUGGGAAAUUGAUAAUCAGUUUGAUCACCUGGGGCCGGUUGUAUAAAACUCUUAAUCACUUUUUUAAUCACUAUUUCGUAGUUAAAUAGUGAUUAACUCUCAAAUAGGCGCUUCUUAUUGGAUGACGUUUGCACUUAAUCAUAGUUAACUUUAAUCACUUUUUUAUACAACCGGCCCCUGAUUAUCAAUUUCCCGUUUGUAAUGCAAAAUGACUGAAAAACGGCAAACUUCGCAAGGCUAUAUUAUCCGCAUUUUACAACAUUUCGCAACGAAACUUCGAAAUAUUACUAAUUUUGUGAUGCUUUUUCAAGCUGUGAUGAAAUUUUUGUCCAGACUUGCCUAGAUCAAAAUUUCACUCAUAAGGGGAAAGGUCUAUUGGUAUCAAUUGGAUUUCUAAAACGCAGUUAUUCAUAUCGACGAGCCGUUUCCUGGAAUAGUUUAACCAAGUGACAUUUCUAACAAAUACGAGAGUAUUUCUACAGAAUCUUUCAAGUACUAGAUAAAACAUGAGCAGCAGUGUUUUAUCAAAUAGAAAGAUACGAGGCGAAGUCGAGUCUCUUUAGGUCUGAUAAAACAUUGCUGCUCAUGUUUUAAGUUGCUUCAAAAACGAUCGAUCUAGUAAGUUCAUUGGCGAAGUAAUUUUCAAAAAAUUCGUUGCGUAAGUCGAGAAAAUCAAAGUUAAAGUUUAUGUAAAUCAAGGGAAAUCUCUAGCACAUAUGAAGAUACGACACGAUUAUUAUAAUUUUUCUUUGUGUUUUCCUCAUGAAUUAAUAAUUUUUGAAAGGCUAUUUAAAUGUACAUGCACUAUGCCAAACAAGAAUUAAGGAAACACUUUCACAACGUAAAUACCUAUGCAUGUUAAUGUAAUUAAAGUUUAAUUUUUAUGUUUAUAUUAUUGUGUAUAUUUUAAUGAUUGUUGUAAAUAGUUAAUGCGUGGUUAAAUAAUUGUAUUCUGCAACUAGCACGGUCCUUUGAAAAUCAGGUAACUGAAAGGCUUUAAAUAAGUUUAAAUAAUAAUAAAAACUGGGUUAUAAAACCUGUCAAGGCUUUCCGUCCACCUCAGAACUGGAGUGGUAAACAUAUUAAACCAAAAAAUCAGUUUGUAAUAAGUGUUACCUUCUUUGUAGAGUGGAUGUGUGUUCUUUACUUCUAAGUCAUGGUGCUGAUCCAGGUUUAUUAAAUUGUCAUUCCAAAAGUGCUGUAGAUGUUUGCCCUUCUGAUGAUCUACAAGAAAAAUUGCAAUGUAUGGAGAAACAUGUAACAAUUAUAAAACAAUUAAAAAUCUAAAUAAUUGUUUUGUUUUGUGAAAAAAAAACACGUAAAUAAACUCGGCGUUUUUGUACAAAACAAGGCAAUUAUAAUGAACCUCAGAAAUUCAUAUAUGUUUUCUUUCAAAUUUUCAGUAUAUAUAAAAGAACUAGCAAAGUGUAGUUUUGUUCCAUAUAGACCCAUUGCACAUGACGUCACAGCGCCGGUGACGAUGCAUCUGGAGGACAAAUUAGCAAUCUAUGCAUAAUAUAACUUCUGUAAACAAAGUAAAUUUUGUGAAACUUUAUAAUAAGUUUGUAUUAAAAUAGUUAGUUUUUGCGCUGUAUGUGGUUGUUGUACCCGAACAGAUAUUGUUAGGGAGCAUCUGGAGGACACUCUAAGGAUUUGUGACGCCAGUGCAAUGGGUCUAUAGUAUGUUGUUGGUUUUUAAUAACGCAUGCAUAUUAAGUUUGAAUAACUUGUCAUUUCAGAUGAAUUUCGUGGUCACAGUUUGUUGUUAGCUUGUGCUAGCUGUGAUGUUGUCAAGAUGAAGAAGAUUCUGGCUGCAGACAUUGCAAGUUUUCAACAUCCGUUUUCACUUGAUUCGCCAUUGGUAAGUCUAGAUCCAAGUACAUAUGCAACCUCGCUAACCAAGCUGACCAUGGUUUAAUAUAUGAUUUAAUAUAUUUUGUAUAAUAUAUUAAUGUGUUUAAUAUAUUUUGGCAUUCUCUAUAUCUCUCUAAAAUGAGCUGCUCAUUUUUCUCUGCUCAUUGUACUCUGCUCAUUUUUCUCUUCCUUAGUUUAUAGGAUAUGGAGAACGGCAAAUAUAUUAAAUCGUGCCGCUAAAGCCAGAUUAUAAUAGUUGUUUUACCUUUAACCCACAUAUAAAUCAUAAGUAUGUAUUCUCUAUAUUUAUAAUCACACUGCAUAUUUUCAGUGUUAAACUGUCGUAUUUCGGCUGUUGAGACUCAAUAUUUACAACCGUUACGAGCAUAUGGAAACCAGACUUAAAAGAAUGAACAAUUAAAAGUCCUCCAUAAUUACUUGAGUAAAAUUACUCAAACUUGUGAUUAAAGUUACUCAUUUUUUUGGAUAAAGGAAAUCUUUCUCAAAAAAUUGAGUAAAUUUGGAACUUUACUCAAAAAAUUAAAUAUAAAUUUGCUCAUUAAUUUGAGUAAAUUUUACUUAAAAUUUUGCAUGAGUCACUGCACUGUUGAUUUCAGGGAGUUACUUUAACCCUUGUGGAGUUAUUUUGAACCUAAUUUUACUCUUGGAGUUAAAUUCGGUUCAAAAUACCUCUACUAAGAGUUAGAUUAACUCCUUGAAAUUAACAGUGUGCGAGUGCUUCAAGUUUGGAGGUCAAAAUACUCCGGGAUGUUUUGCAGUAAAGUGCAUGCGUAAUGUAUUAAGUAUUCUGGGGCGGUUUUUCGAUAUACCGGAAAAAUACCGGGUUUUUUGAAAAACCGGUUUUUCGGUUUUGCCAAAGUUCAAGUACGAAAAACCGGAAAAAGACGAAGAAGCGGGGAAAAACGAGAUAAAAAUGCUAGUGUUUUGAGCUAAUCCUAGCUGAAUACGUGCUUUUGACAUUGUCUUCUUGCUUGUAUUAUUAUACCUCUGUAAGCUUUUGAUAUUAAGCAUCUACUGUAAAACUAAAAUUCUUCACAUAAUAAAAACACUUGCUACAUGGUUUUAUGUCUGUGUGUUAUUUAUUAGAUAAAAACCAAUUUUUCGGUUUUUUCCUGACGGUUUCGGUUUUUUCCAAGAACCGCCUCAGCACUAUUAACAAAGCAUUAUUUGUUCAUCCAAAGCAUUAUGCAGUGGCAGCUCCAACAGCCAAGCGAAAGACAAUGGUUGAUAUGUUGAUUAAGAAAGGUGGUGAUGUGAAUUCAGGAAACAGAGAUGGUAUAGCACCGUUACAUAUUGCAGCCGAGAAAUCUCAUUUAGAUGUUCUUGAAAUGUUGUUAAAGAUUGGAGCUCAGGUAUGAGGAUAUCCUAAAGCUUGAAACAAAUCGCUUAAAAUCGCCAGGCAAACCGUGCUACAUGCGCUGAAAGGAAUUUAAUAGUGGCGGGCUGAAGUGAGUCCCCCAAACAAAAAAAACGUACGGUGUGUCAGCAGGGUUUUUUCCGCAUUUUCUCUUGGGUCCGUUUUUGCAGAUAAGAUUGAGUUUAGCUGAACAGCUGGGGUGGCUGCACCCCCCCCCCCCGCCCCCACCGGGGGGCUGACACCUGUACUCAAUAAAUAUACAGUGAGACGCAAUGUGUUAAAGCAGGGGCAGUAAGGGACACUAUAAACUGGUUAAAAAUGGCGAGUGCGUAGUUUUUCUUGUGUUGUGAGAUGAAUUCCAGCCAUUUUUUCUUAAUUGUUGGGUUUCCAACUGAAAACUAAUUUCCACACGUCACGAAUUUAACUGAAACAACUUCAUUUUGACUGCACUGAUACUUUGGUGAGAAGAUUGAGUUUCAAAACUCAAUUCAAGAUUGAGUUUUUGGGGCAGUUUUACGGCCCUAUAAAGUCCCUGAAAAAAGCCUGCCGUGUGUGUUCAUAUGUUGUUAUUGUGCUAUUUUGGUCUUUGGAUAUAUUCUUGACAUAAAGGACCGUUUACACUUACCAUUUUUGGUUAUCGUUCCAUGUUUCGCGCACCAUUAUAGGUUAGGGGUUGGGGUUAGGUUUAAGGUUAGGGUUAGGGUGUGUAUAUAUGUAUAUGGAGUAUAUGUAUAUCCAGUUGACUUUGCAGUGCACUAUAAUAUCCAUUACAUAACGUUUACUAUAUUGGUGCGCGAAACAUGGAACGAUUACCCAAUUUUUGCUGCGAUUUCUAGUGGGAUUUUCUUCUGAUGGAUGUGAACGAGUGGGUGAGUUAUGAAUGUUCAGAUGAGGGUACAUGUACAUUCCGAACAUUCCGCAACUCGUCUACUCGUUCACAUGCAUCAGGAAAAAACCGCACUAGAAAUCGCAGCAAAAAUUGCAAGUGUAAAUGGGUCUUUAUAAGGCCUGUCCUUAAGAGAGGUUCAAAAUUUGACUUCUACUACCCGUACCGUUAACCAAUCAGCUGCAUUUAUUGUACUCGAUUAACCAAUCAAAUGCGUAUUAAGCCUGUGAGAGGUAUAGCAGUAAUGGAAGUCAAAUUUGAACCUCUCCAUAAUAUUUAACCGGUCCCCAACAUCUCAAAAAUUACAACAUUUAAAAAGUUAACCAACCACGUUAAUUAUAUCUACUAAGUUUUCCUGCAUAUUUUUAUACAUGUGAAUGUAAUAGAUGACCGCUAUGUUUCAGGUGGACACAACAGAUAAUCUUGGUCAAACACCUCUACACUGUAGCGCACAUGCUGGUCACAUGCAAAGUUGCAAGAUGUUGCUAUGUGCUGGUGCUGAUAUGAAUGCCAGGUCAUUACAAGGUCUUACUCCAGCUCAAAUUGCACCUGAACCUUUACAAAAGUUACUGCAGGGCAACCGGGAAGGUACGUACUCAUUCCGUACGUACUAGUGGAAAACGGCCUUAAUAUUAUGAUUUUUGAACUGAAAACUUGAUUAGCGUUUCGGUCCGUUAGCAAAAACUGGAUUAGCUGGGGGGGGAAAUGGUAUAAAAACUGUUUACAACCUUCAGAGCUAUUGGACGUCAAUUGACCACUUGCGUAAUAGAUUAAAUUUUGAUCUCAACAAAACUUUCACAAAACUACUCACAAAAUUAGUAAUAUUCCAAAGUUUCGUUGCGAAAUGUUGUAAAAUGCGGAAAAUAUAGCCUUGCAAACUUUGCAAUUUUCAGUCAUUUUAGAUUACAAAAGGGAAAUUGAAAGCCCCAAACCCUUUGAGGCUGUCAAUUUCCCGUUUGUAAUCUAAAAUGACUGAAAAUUGCAAACUUUGCAAGGCUAUAUUUUCCGCAUUUUACAACAUUUCGCAACGAAACUUUGGAAUAUUACUAAUUUUGUGAUGCUCUUUCAAGCUCUGAUGAAAUUUUUGUCUAGACUUGUUUAGAUCAAAAUUUAGUCUGUUACGCAAAUGGUCAAUUCCAUCAUCUUGGACUCACUUUUUUCAUGGGCCGAAUGACUGAAGUUCUUGCUCCAGAUAUAUAUAGAGCUCACUGGUCCUGACCUGGUAGUAACGUAAAGUUGUGCACCAAAGUUGUGCACAAUAGACCUUAUGCAUAAUGACGUCACAAGGCUUGAUGCCCGCGAGGAAUGCUGGUCUUAGUAGUCAUCGCCCGGGAAAAUUAAACAAUUCAAAAUGGCCACUAUCGAAAUUUUCCCGGGCAAUGACUACUAAGACCAGCAUUCCUCGCGGGCAUCAAGCCUUGUGACGUCAUUAUGCUUAAGGUGUAUUGAAAUAUGAAAUAAUGUAUUGAAGUUUGGUCAUUUGAAUACACAGUUAGGAAGAUUUGGUUAUUUUUUCUAUGUAGAAGAGUUUCAGGCAAGUGGUGAAAGUGAUGAUACACGAAAAUUACUGGAAGCAUCCAAGACUGGUGAUCUUGAGACGGUGAAACAAUGCUGUAAUGCUAAGACAGUCAACUGUCGAGAUCUAGAUGGUAGACACUCUACGCCUUUACAUUUUGCAGCUGGAUAUAACCGUGUUACUGUCGUACAGUUCUUACUGGAGGGUGGUGCCGAUGUACAUGCAAAGGAUAAAGGGUAUAACAAACUAUAAUUUAUUUGUAGGUUUGCAUGGCGAUAAAACAAAUAAUAGUUUUUCUUUGUGGAAACACAGUAAUAAAUUUGCGUGGUGUUUCCACAAACAAAAAGUAUUAUAAACUAUAAUUUGUUGAUGGGCUUUUGGCUGGUGGAAAUGCAAAAAAACAUGCAUGUAUAUACAAUUUUCAGACCCAAUGCAUCUCAUUGGCAGGUGACGUCAUCCCUUGGGUAUUUAAGCAUCACCCCUGAUAAAGACACUAGACUAGAGUGUCGAAACGUUGGGUCCUGAUUACAAUUCGACUGGGCUUUGUAAUCAUUUAUUUAAACCAGAGUAGCGAGCGAAACAUAACCAGGAGCAGUUGCAAAAAAUGCAGCAAUAAGUACUCUGGCAGGAAUCAAAUAGGAAUGGCCGAGUGUUUUGUUGCUUCUUUAGUUUACCUGGUUUCAGUGGCGGACACUUCGCGAUUAUUUCGGGGGGGGGGGGAUUUAGAUUGCUAACAUAUAGCCACCUGUUGUUCUUGAAAAUCUUAGUUCUCCAUGCAAUAUAUAGCUGAAUUUAUAGCCUAUCAAUGCAUUCAUGUAUGGUUGAAAAAAUUAUUUUCCCGUCUUUGUUACACGCCUCCCCGCCCCUGUAUACGUCACUGCUUGGUUUAUAAUUUCAGACAUGUGUACUAUAUUAUUUUUGUAGUGGUUUAGUUCCGUUGCACAAUGCUUGCUCAUAUGGACAUUACGAAGUUGCAAACUUACUUGUCAAGGUACCAACGAGCAACCUAAAUACAACUCUUGAGAAUUACAUCGUUAUGUCUCUCGCAUGAAUAUCUUUAAUUAUGACCCUAACCGUAUUUCAGUUAACAAUUCCUACAUAUACAUAUUGCAAGUCUUCAGGAUGAUUCACACUAUCAAAGUUUCUGUGAAAUUUUGCACAGGUAAAUUCGGAGUUUUUAAAGAAUUUUUAAGAGAUCUUUGUGGGAACUGACUCAGUGUUUAACACUGAAUCAGUUUCCUCAAACAUUUCUUACAAAUCCUUCAAAACUUAGAAUUACCGAUGUAAAAUUGCUAUACUGUGAUCACAGAAACUUUGAUAAUAUAAACCAGCCUUCAGUACUCUCUUGAACUACAAUUAUACUAAUAAUAGUUUCAUCAUUGAAAUUUUCAUGUAGCAUGGUGCUAAUGUGAACGUUGCUGAUCUGUGGAAAUACACUCCUUUACACGAAGCCGCAACCAAAGGGAAACUUGAGAUCUGUAAACUUUUGUUAAGGGUAAGACAAUUAGUCGCCUUAGUUUGGUUUAUUUUCCAUACUAAAUUGAAUUGCAUCCUUCCUUCUCUUUCCAUGCCGUGCACCUUAAAUAGUUUUGUUUGGGAAGGCACGAGAGGGAUUGGAACGUAUGGUGUGAGACAAUCAAAAAGUUGUCUCAAUUCAUUUGUCUCAAACCUGAUUGUAGGUCCUCGUCAGUAUAUUGCAACCUGUCUGUAGCAAUUUUUAUCAUCUAUUUAGCAUGGCGCAGAUUCCUCAAAACGAAAUCGUGACGGUCAAACACCUCUAGACUUGGUCAAAGAUGAGGAUAGCGAUGUGUCGGACUUAUUAAGAGGUGAGAGUAUAUAGUUGAGUGAUCUUGAUUUAUUUAUCAGUCUUUUUUAACUCGACUUUCUUUUCUAGGUGAUGCUGCACUUCUGGACGCAGCCAAGAAAGGCAUCUUAGCAAAAGUAUGUUUCCUUUAUUAUAUAGAGAGACCCUAAGGCACUAUCUUUUCUGUUUGGCGUAAUGACAUUCACGUGUACAAUAGUGACGCUUGGGAGAACCAGUUCAGUGGUGUAACUUUACUUUUUUGACCAUUUGCCCUCAGGGCAAGUUGGACAUGAAAAUUAGUUGCCCUGAAUAAAAUUCACUUGCCAUCAGACAAUGCCCACUGGGGUACCUAGGUAGAGGGGGUAUAAGUUAAUGGGACAACAUGUCGACCCAUUCUUCCACUGCUCUAUAUAGCUAUGUUAUACUGCUUCUGACUUAGCUUUGGCCCACAAAAAAACAACAUUUGAAAUCAAUGAGUACAUGCACUAUAAAAAAUGUAUCCGAUUAUGAAAACAUAAACUUAAAGAUGCUCAGCUUUUUGUGGCAAGGCAACUUGCCCAAUCGGGCAAGCAAGAUAAAAGGUUUACUUGCCCGUCAUGAUAUUCACUUGCCCCGGGCAAGUGUUAAAUUACACCUCUUGAGUUGUUUCUCGCCUUUUAUUGUCCCAAUACAUGAUGCUAUACACUCUUCAGUGGAACACCUUAGAACUUAGAUAAACACUUGGGCACACUAUUUCCACCACUAUUUCCACCAAAAUCCGGCCUUGAAUUUCUUCUCCCGACCUAGACGAAGGUCUCAUUGAGGAAACAUUGAGUCUCUUUUAGUAUUUUUCAGGUAGUGGUAUCGUCUGCAAAACUUUGCUGUUUGAACAAAGUGCUAUUUGAUUUGUAGGUUGUGAAGCUGGCUAAUUCCAGUAACAUCAACUGUCGUGAUAGUCAGGGACGGAAUUCCACACCCCUUCAUUUAGCUGGUAGGUGUAAACUAUUCAUCUGCCUCGCACCCCUUUGAUUUGCUACAUUACAACAUGAGACGCAUAAAACCGGACAAAUUUGAACUCAUGUACAUGUCCCUGUGUAAACAGAUGGACCCGGAUGAAUUUGUAUUUGGUUCCAGAUUCGUCCGCUCUCGUGUGAACGUAAUCCUAGCUUAACAUCAGAUAUGUUUAGGUAUUAUUUUUGCUUGGGUAUUGUUUCUGCUAUAGAAAAUUUAAAAACAAAUAAAUUCUAGUCUAUGGCUUCUCGAUUUCUACCGGAAUAAAGUGCGUUUCACUAAGCAAUAGAGACCUUAUGAUUUUCGGACGGCAACGGCUACCAAUACAAUGGAUCAUUGAAAAGAGUUGAGUAAUUACAAUAUAUGAAUAGUUUAGACAUUGUCCUCGCUCUGUUUACAACGCCAAAUCACAUAUUUUCACGUGUUGAUACAACGGCUGCAUUCCAAGCCACAACAAGUGCAACUUCAAACUGGGUUUAGCAGAACUCUUCCCAGCCAUAAAACCCAUGUCUUCAACUUCUAAGACUGUAUUAAAUUCAUACGAUUGAUAAUAUACGACGAACUAUCUUUACUACCAUUUAUUUGAAGGAGUUUGUUUUGGCGUCGCGUUGCCGUCCUAAAAUCGUAAGGUCUCUAAUAUCGUGCUGCUGACGUUAACCGACAGUUAUCAGAGUGAGAAGAUUAUGUUAAUUCUUUUCAUUACUGGUAUUGUAUAUACUAGUCUCUCGUAUUUUCUGGCAAAUAAAUAGACUUGGGAGCUGUCAUUAUUUAUAUUUCUGAGGGUCACUGCGAUCUGCUGCCCAAUGACGCUUGCUGAGACCCGUCUGUUGAAGUAUAUUCUUGUACUUGGGAGUAAAAUUAUUUCUUUCAUUCUAGCUGGUUAUAAUCAUCUUGAAGUGGCCGAGUAUUUGCUAGAGACUGGGGCGGAUGUAAAUGCUCAAGAUAAAGGAGGUCUGAUACCUCUGCACAAUGCCUCGUCUUACGGGGUGAGUUGUCUGUUGUGUCUGCUUUGGAGAGUUGUCUGUAUCGGAGAGAUGUCUGUCUUAGAGAGAUGUUUGUCUCGGAUACCUCUGGGGUGUCUUUCUGAGAGAGAUGUUCUGUUCAGAGUGAUAUGAGAUAAAGUUAUAAUUGGCUACCCGCUGUUGUAGUGUCCCUGCCACUUUUUCCAUGUACUUUUUUAUUUUAGUAACUUUAUGUGUAUGUUGUCUUCUAAUUUUGUUCCAUAGCAUUUGGAUAUUGCGGCGUUAUUGAUCAAGUACAAGGCAGAUGUUAACGCGACUGACCGCUGGCAUUUCACACCGUUACAUGAAGCGGCGCAGAAAGGGAGAACACAGCUUUGCGCUUUAUUGGUAAGAACAGUUCUGUUCUUUGGAUCUUGUCACCUUGCUCUAAGCUUUCACUAAUAUUGUUUUCCUCAAGUAUAGACCAAUUGCGAAACUUAGUGGCCGCGCCUUCAUACUGCACGAAAACGAGGCUUAUUAUGCAAAAACAAAACAAUUUCUAUAUUUUUAUAUAGCGAAAAGUGUUUUUUCUUUAAUCUCUUUGAUCUUUUCUUAAUAUUUAGUGCUAGGUUAUACAAAUAUUUGUUAAAUUUAUCUAAACAUCGAUUUCCCACUAUAUUUUUACCCGCUUUGGCGAGAUAUUUCGUUGUUGUUUUAGCAUGCGAUGGAACAAAUAUAUGGAAAAGAUCAAUCUAGACUUUAAAAUCUGAUCAAGAUGCAAAUAAAAUAGCCAGUAUAACUUAACAAACUAAAAUAUAACUCUUUCUACCCAGACUUUUUUAGACUUCGUGCGAGAAAAAACGAUUUUGUCAAAGGAUAAUAACAUAAAAUUUCUACAAAUUUUGCCCGACAUUUUCUUUCAUAUUUUUAAAGUUAAAAUCGAAAACUUGCUAUUAUAUUACAACUGAAACAAAAUUAAUCAAUGUUACAACUUAGUCUUUGAAAUGUAUUAAUAAAACAGACGGAAAAUACCUGAUUCUUUCUCUGGCAUAAUCUGCUUCUUUUAUCGGACGGCGAAAAACAGCAAAACAUUGCCUCGCACGCCGCGAAAAACAAUGAAAUUUGAAGUAAGACUAAAUCUAUGAACAAGUUUAAUAAAGAUUUACAUUGUCAAAACAGAAAUAUUGAAAAAAAAUGAAGAGAUUACCAUAAAAACGCGUCUCAAACACUGAAAUUCAUUUUUCGCCGUAUAAAAAUAUAGCAGAAUGAUUUGUUUUUGCAUAAUAAGCCUCGUUUUCGUGUAGUUUAAGGCGCGGUCACUAAGUUUCGUAAUUGGUCUAUACGUUGAGAUUGUUUUAAAUGUUUUGUUCAAUGUGUUGCAGCUAGCACAUGGCGGUGAUCCCACCAUGAGAAAUUUGGAAGGAGAGACACCGUUGGACCUCUCUACAGUGAGUAAACCAACUUCAUCGUGAAAUUUAGCAAUGGAUUUAACCAGAAAAUAGAGAAAUGUUACAGAUGAGCAAGUUUUUUAAGACAAGUUUUCAUAUUUGCUCGUCUGUAUUGGCACAGAUUAGGUAUAUAUCAGAUAUGUAACUUAAUCGGACUUCAUGUCCUUAAAUUUCCCUAUAUGUACACGUCAUGCUCAUGCCAUCAUAGAGAUUAUAAAUAACACUAGUGGAGGCAUCGCAAUCUUGACAUCUGGGGCCGGUUGUAUAAAAAAGUGAUUAAAGUUAACUAUGAUUAAGUGCAAACGUCAUCCAAUACACCCUUUUCAUAAAUGGCUGCCGAUUAAAAAUUCUUUUAUGUGCAUAUAAAUUGGCCCAACUAGCCUCGUACUCAUGUUGAGAUUUCAAAGGAAUUUCUACUCAGAAACGAGGCUAGUUGGGCCAAUUUAUAUGCACAUAAAAGAAUUUUUAAUCGCAGCCAUUUAUGAAAAGGGUGUAUAAGAAGCGCCUAUUUGAGAGUUAAUCACUAUUUAACUACAAAAUAGUGAUUAAAAAAGUGAUUAAGAGUUUUAUACAACCGGCUCCAGGCAAAAAAAAACUAUUGGGGGGGGGGGCAAAUUCAAGUCCCGGAUGUGUACUCGUGUUUCCAUUGGUGAGGAGUUUCCAUUUAGCCAAUGAGAGCAUGAUUUUAUAUCCGGGACCAGCAAAAUGGCGUCCUGAAAAACAUGAACUUUUGCAUUUUAUUGCGGCUUUUUUGGAUCGAAAAUCGAAAUUUAUGGAUUAAACAAUCAAGAGCAUCAUUUGUUGAAUUUUAAAGUUGUUGAAAGCAAUUAAAGUUGUAGAAAAAGUGUUGAAAGCAUUUUUGAAAGCAAUGACGUAUUACCAAAUGGCGAAUAAUCACGCGAGCGACACUUGCUAGGAAGAUAGCGACCAUGGGACAAAUUGUUUACUGAAGUUACACAUCUGUCCAUACUUAGGGACCGGUCAUUAAUAAUGGGAGGGGGGGUGGGGGCGGUGGUUCAUAAAUACCAAAUAUUGAACUUUUUCAAAGACGCCCCUACCUUCAUCUAGAACAUUUAGGGACCCCCCCCCCCCCAACAUUUAAUUCGUUAAAUUUUUUGGUGUAAAAUAAGUAAAGGGCACGUACUGGUGUAAGACAUUGUGUAGCCUAAAUAAUUAGAUAACCAGUAUUCAAAAUGGUUGUUAUUUAAUCCGACUCCUAUGGUGAACUGUAUAUACAUAAUAAUCUAUGGAAACUACGAUAAUAGGAACUAAAGAAGGUGAAAUAUUUUGUGGGAUACGAUAAAGGCGAGAGAUUGAAAAUGAUUAGGAAAGUGUUAAAAAAAUUGGGGUCGCCCCUUGUCACAUAUUUUUCAGUUUGAGGCCACCCCCAAUUCAGGCAAAAAUAGUUGAAGCCGCCCCCCUUUUGUAACCCACCGCCCCCGUCCCAUUAUUAAUGUCCGGUCCCUUAAUUUAUGGUAUUGGCAACUUUGCCAAUUUUUACAAUGACAAGUAGUAUGCCAGCUUUUGAACAAGUGCACUUGUCAUAGAAAACAUUGGCGCAGUCCAAAUUUUGUUCGUCUGUAUGGUUCAAGAAAGAAAAUUUGGCAAAGUGAUCUGAGCACAGGCAUGCGGUUGGUCAGCCAUCUGCAAUAUGUAAUGGCUAAUAAUAGCUAGUGUGGCGGUCAGAAAACAAAAAACUUGUCAUAGAAACACGUACUUGGACCUUUUUUCAGACAGCUGUAUCAAUUUCCCGUGCGUAAUACAAAAUGACUGAAAAACGGCAAACUUCGCAGGGUUAUAUUAUCCGCAUUUUACAACAUUUCGCAACGAAACGUCGGAAUAUUACUAAUUUUGUGAUGCGCUUUCAAGCUGUGAUGAAAUUUUUGUCUAGAUCAAAAUUUGUCUAGAUCAAAAUUUUGUUCAUUAGGGAAUAGGUCCAUAGAAAACUUGCUCGUCUAUAACCGGCUUUAGAUGCUUCAUCAGUUUAGUAUCAAACACUACCUACACUCCGCGUUUAGAGCGCUCCUACUGUAGCCUUCGUAGAAGGCUCGUUCUUAUCUUUGUGUCUGCACAGAUUAGCUAUAUUGAGAUACAAUCAUUCAUGUUUGUCCGUUCUAUUCUCAACAGGCCGAAGAUGUGAAAGCUUUGUUAAGUGAUGCAAUGUUACACUGUGCCAAGACUGCAACCCCAAGUAAACCUGUACAACCAAGUAUGAAACAAGAAAAUGGUGCUUCACCUUUAUCUACAGCUAACUCAAGACUGCUGGCCAGCAAUCUUCCUGGCUCAGGAGACGGAGCUUCGACAGAAAGACCUGCUAUGGAGCUUCCACCAGGUAAAUACGGAAAUACAGACAAGAAUAGCAGGCGCACGCGGGCUUUGCGGGCUAAGGCAAGAGUAACGUGGGUCCGGGCGAAAUUAAGAAAGAUUGUUUCCCAGCCAUCUUUUCCAUAAGUAGGCAAAUCAAGAAAUAUUAUGCUUGUGAUGUUACUCUGAGUGUAAAUCCACACCGGGCAGGCUUGAAAAAUAUACCUGGCCACGGUGGGAAUCGAACAUACGACCUUUGGAAUACUAGCCCAAUGCUCUGCCAACUGAGCUACGCGGUCAUGUCGGUUCGAGCAUGUGAUAUUUUGGAACAGAGUCCUUCGAUAUCAGUGUAAUCUAAUAAUUAUGAUAUUUGCUGUGUUGGUGUAAUGUACUUAGAUGAAUAAGAUCCUUGUGUGGUGUUACUCUGAGUGUAUAUCCCCACCGGGCAGGCUUGAAAAAUAUGCCUGGCCACGGUGGGAAUCGAACCUUAUUCACCUGAGUACAUUACACCAACACAGCAAAUAUCAAGACAUAUUAUUUUCUACGGUACGCAAACCAAGAUAUCUUUUCAUGUUUUCCAAAAUUGUGUACACCAAGAAAUAUUUGUCAGGAACAUUUGCCUGUACAGUAAACAGAACGAAUACUUGCAAACAGAAGAAACAAUGGAUGUGAAACAAUAAUAGCGCUGGGAAAAAGUACUUCUGAAUAUGUUGGCAAGCAUUUUUGUUUUCCAGGAUAAUUUCUUAGUGUGGGAAAAGAAACAUUUGUGGAAACUUCAUGAUGUUUUCACGACAAUCGUCUGGAAGUUAGAUUAGACAUAGGGCCUUUGCUCGAAAGUCUAAACAUUAUUCCCUCGUAUUUUUCAGAUAGUUUGCAGCCUUCACCAACCAAUCAACUAAACAAUAAUAUAUUUAUUAUUUCUCAGUUCAUCCAGGCCUUGAUGUGGAUAUUGGACAAUUUUUGAACAGUUUACAACUGGCACAUCUUAAUGAAAUAUUUGAACAAGAACAGGUUCGUGGAAACAGAUGUUUCUUUAAUAGACCACAUGAGCCCAGCUGUUUGCCCGCGUAGCAAUGUCUGCCCGCAUAGCAAUGUUUGCCCGCAUGGCAAUGUCUGCCCGCAUGCCAAUGUUUGCCCGCAUGGCAAUGUUUGCCCGCAUGGCAAUGUUUGCCCGCAUAGCAAUGUCUGCCUGCAUAGCAAUGUCUGCCCGAAUAGCAAUGUCUGCUUGUAUAGCAAUGUUUCCCGCAUUGCAAUGUUUGCCCGCAUAGUACUGUCCGCAUAUAACAAUGUCUGCUCACGCCUUUGUGACGGAGAAUGUAUGCGGGCGUAAACAAAGCCUGGGCUUUUGUGUUUUGUAGACACAGGCAUAAUAUAGACAUAUCUGCCCAAUUCGCUGACAUAUAUAACUUAAAUGGUUGGUAACAUUCCAUUUUAUGUUUACCUUAUCAGAGCAGACGUAACUAUAGGCAGGUGAUUAAGGCUACGUUUACGGGAACAAUUCGUGAUUCAAAAUGGCGUCUAGCAAACAACAACUUACUAUUCUGACCUUAUUUACGGGUAUAGCUUGCUCACUCUUUCAAAUGACGUCUGCAAUAUCUUUGCCAUAGAUGGGUGGGGGCGGAAGCUGUUUACACUUGGGCGUAACGUUUCGCGAACGAAGCAAAAACCUAUCCGAUACAGUGUGAACGUUGCCUAACUGACAAUAAUGUAAAUUGGGUGAUAACAGACAUAAAACAUUCAUUGCCCGGUGUUUAACGUGCGACCAACCCCAAAUAUGAUUUUUGGUAUGUGUAAUAUUUGGGUCAUUCUACGAACAAAUGUAUUAUGUAUCUUUAUAGUAAAAAACCUCAUCUUGAUCAACUUUUUCACUGUCAAAGUUUCCAGAUAUGAUGUCAUUAGGUGACUUUAAUUUUUGGUACAAAAAAACUAAUUUGCAAUUCAGCUAAUGACAUUGUAUCCGGAACCUUUGACAGUGAAAAAAAAUUAUCAAUAUGGGAUUUUUUAUUAAUAAAGAUAUAUUACAUUUCUUCGAAUGACCCAAAUAUUACACAUACAAAAAGUCAUAUUUGGGGUUAGUCACACUUCAACAACAUCAAAACUUGAUCAAUAUUUGUUUCUAGAUAACAUGGGAUGUUCUUCUAGACAUGGGUCAUGAAGAACUCAAAGAGAUCGGAAUCAAUGCUUAUGGACAUCGACAUAAAAUACUUAAAUCUGUUAAAGAGAGGAUAACCAACAUGGGACUAGGUCAGGAUUCGUUCAAAUAGUGUAUUGAAAAGCUUGCUGCUCAAAAGCCUGGUUUACACUAUCGAAGUUUCUGUGAUCACAGUAGGAAUUUUGCAUAGGUAAUGGACCUAUUCCCUAAUGAACAAAAUUUUGAUUUAGACAAGGGUAGACAAAGAUUUUAUCACAGCUUGAAGAGCAUCACAAAAUUAGUAAUAUUCCGAAAUUUCGUUGCAAAAUGUUGUAAAAUGCGGAUAAUAUAGCCCUGCGAAGUUUGCCGUUUUUCAGUCAUUUUGUAUUACGCACGGGAAAUUGAUACCUUUUUUCAGAAAGCGGUAUCAAUUUCCGUGCGUAAUACAAAAUGAGUGAAAAACGGCAAACUUCGUAGGGCUAUAUUAUCCGCAUUUUUGCAACAAAUGUCUUGACAACAUUUUGCAACGAAACUUCGGAAUAUUACUAAUUUUGUGAUGCUCGUUCAAGCUGUGAUAAAAUGUUUGUCUAGACUUGUCUAGAUGAAAAUUUUGUUCAUUAGGGAAUAGGUCCAUUUCUACGUUUUGAAGGAUUGUAAGAAAUGUUCGAGGGAACUGAUUCAAUAUUUACAACUCAGUUUCCUCAAACAUUUCUUACAAAUCCUUCAAAACUUAGAAAUUACCCAUAUGCAAAAUUCCUACUGUGAUCACAAAAGCUUUGAUAGUGUAAACUAGGUAAACCUUUGUAAAACCAUUGUAAACUGUUCUACGCGAUACAAUUAGUUGUAUACGAUUCUUAUUCUGGCGUAUGUAUUCGAAUAAAAACCAGUGAACUGUAAUAACACUGGAACGCUAACUGCAGAUAAACAUGCCCAUACUUGCCUGAAGCCAAAAUGGCGCUUCUCGCGAGCACGGCCAGCAAUAAAUUAACUUUCAAAAGGACUGGGGAGAGUUUCGAGGAGCGGGAAAUUCAGUCAAAAGUUUGUUUUUGAGCGAAAAUCAGCAAGAAAAAGUACUUUUUUUAUCAAAAGGCUUCAACUUUAAAGAUUCAAACCUGGUUUCCUGGAUAGUUCUAAGUAUUUUACAUCCACUAACAGCAAAAACUUCCUGGGUAACAGCUUGAUAUUCAAAAUAUUACACAAGUUUGAACGUGCCAAAAAAAACUUCGCACUUUGACUCCUGAAAAAAGUACUUUAUAACUGCUGUACGUUCUGGAAACAUGUUUUGUAUUAAAUUUCAGGUAUUGUUGAAAGUUUUUAGCUUUUUUCCUUGUUGAAAUACAGCUAUUUAGUGGUCGAAAACAGACAUCUUUUUGGUGGCGUAUUUUCCACUCCAUACGUACAUGGCGGCCUUCAAUUUGGCUUCAAAGAUGGCCGCCAAGUUAUCGUUCCAGUUCCCUUAGAGUUCACUGAUAAAAACACGUAAAGAAACUUCGCCAUAAACUGAAUUGAGGAAUAGACCCCAGAAGUGCUUACGUCACGCAAUUUUUAAUACAGAGCAAUGCAAUUUUUAAAGGCACAGUCAGUUGAGCCUUUUGAAUGAUGGUUUUUAAGGCACAUUUCAACCAUUUUAAUUGAAAAAACUAACUAGGAUAAUCAAUUAAGCAUAAUUCAAGAUCAGCAAACUUAAUGUUUUUAACAUUUUAAAACAUUUUUAUUGUUAAAAACAUCGAGUUUACUGAUUUUGAAUUAUGCGUAAUCGAUUUUCGUGGUUAGUUUUUUCAAUUAAAGGGGCAGAAUAGACCUCAGAAGUGCUUACGUCACGCAAUUUCUGAUACAAUGCAAUUUUUAAUACUUUUGGAUCAAUAAUUCAUUGUGGCGUCAGCAUUUAGUAAUUGUCGUAUGCCAGAAUAGCUUUUAGAAAUUAUUGAGCUCCCUGUAAUGUCCAGCACUGUUGCUGACAAAGGGCCAAGGGGCGAUAAACAUUUAGCAAGCCUGAUUCUUCUGACCUGUGGAAAAGAGUCAGAAGGUCAUGAUGUAAAUACAAUCUAUCUGUUCAUUGUUAGGUAAUGGACCAUUUACAGCGUUAUCUGCCACAAAUCACGGUACAAUACUUCAAGAAUUAGGUCGAACAGAUAAAGAUUUUAUAUCCGUAUCUGAAGAGGUAUAUUAAAGUAUCUAAGAAUGUUAAAAACUCUGCUUUAAAUCAGGUGUUAUUGAAGUAAGAAAUUAAUUUUCAAUUUUAUUUUGUAGAUGCAAAGUACAAUACGAGAACAUCGGGACCACGGGCAAGCAGGAGGGAUAUUUAACUCUUACAAUAUUAUCAAGGUUGAUAAAUGUUGAACUUUUUAUAUGCAACUGUUCUAUACAAAGGUCUAUAGUUGGGUGAUUGGCUUGGGUCUAGCUUAAAAAAUAAUGAUGUCAUGGGGCCCCCAGAGAAGAUUUGCCGCGGGGCCCGCGAAUUAUCUCGGCGGUCCUGUUAUCAUGCAUAAUACAGUAUUUGUGUAAUCAUGCUAAAAAUUAGAAAGCUGAAUUAAAAAAGAAAGUUAGAAGAAAGUUAGGUUGUCCUCUGAAGUAAAACUCGAAAACAGCAAAAUCUCGACCCCUGAGCACAGACACAGGAAAAAAAUUUCAUUGAUGAGUUUAUGAUUGUAAAAACUGUUACCAUUAUUGGUUAUUAUGGAUUUCCCAUAUGGUAAGUUAGUAAAAACCAUGUUCAAUAUUUACCAUUAAUGGUACUUUAUUUUUUCCUGUGCACCGGAAAAUACCAUAAAUGGUAAGUAUUAAACAUGCAUGGUUUUUGCCUAUGGUAAUAUGGGGAAUCUAUGAUAACCAAUAAUGGUGAGACUUCAAUUUUUACAUUGAUAUUGUAGUCCGUGUAUGAUAUAAUACAUGGACUACAAUAUCAAUGUAAAUUGCAUGGUAAAUCUUUAAAAACCAUUCAAAAACGCAUUCUUGGAAAUUAAAUCAAACAAUCACACAAUGAGUAUGUGUAAAAAUCCCGCAUCUUGUAGCAAGUCUGCCAACAGGCUGUCAACAAGUUGUGUUCGCAAUGCUUGUCCCAAGUUGUCAACAAGUUUGGAACACGCUGUUAACAGCUUUUUUAAGGUAAUAAUAUAACCACUCAGCACAGCAUUUUCACAUUGGUACUACCAACACUGGUACAGACAGUUUUUGUAACAAUUAACCUUGUUGAUAUUAUCAGACUUUUUGCGAGGUUGUUCCUACAAGUCCGAUGCAGUCAUGAUAUAACAAAUUAACAAUAUUGUUACAACCUUGUGUCGUCAACCUUGUAACAUUCCUGUUAUAUCAUGACUGUAUCAGACCUGUUAGAACAACCUUGUAACAAGUCUGAUAAUGCCAUCAAGCUUGUCACAAGUUGUCAACAGCUUGUUCCAAACUUGUUACAACAACUGGGAACAAGCAGUGCGAACACAACUUGUUGAUAGCUUGUGAACAGAUUUGUAACAACUUGUUUGCAGACCUGUAACGACUUUGGCGUUUUUACGUGUGUAUAUGUACAUAGAGACAUAAACGCACACGUUUACAGGUCGAUGUUUUGUGGUUGUGAGUUUUAACUUUCAGAGGAUAACAUUAACUGAAUUAGCUGUAUAUAUGCUUGUGAGUCCAUUUCCUCUGCAUCAAGAAAUUCCAUAUCUUCUACAUUUCCAAUAGUGUUAUCAUAUUUCCAGAUUGAACGGGUGAUCAAUAAAAAGAUGUGGGAAAGAUAUUGCUACAGAAGGCAAGAGGUAAAUUUAUAGGCGCCCGUGGUUUGUGCCCGAAAUUUCUGAGACGUGUGGAUCCGGUGAAUUUAGUAUUUUACAAUAAGCUGUCGUGUUUGUGUCCGGACUUCCUCUAAAACAUCUCAAACGUGGAGGUCCAGUGAACGUAGUGCACUACAGUAAGCCUUUGAACUCCAUGCAAAAAAAGUUAAGAACGCCUUGAGAUUCCGAGCGAAUUAAGGAAUUUAGUUGGGAAAGUUAAUCGCCUUUGCCAGGAGUUUAAUUGCCACUACAGUAAAAUGCUACCUACACUGCACCCCAUGUUCCAGUAGUCAUACCCCGCCAUAGUGUUGAAAUAACAAAAUGUUGAAAUACUCGUUGUUGGCCAGGUUAUAAUAGACAGAUUUAGAUCGAGGACGCGGACGUCAAAGACGACGUGAAAAUGACGUGUUUUGCCCAAGUAUGGAUAUGCCACGCCAUUUUGACGCCAUUUUCACGUCGUCUUUGACGUCUGCGUCCUCGAUCUAAAUGUGUCUAAUAGUCAGUUUGGCAACCGACAUUAACGGCGACCGCAGAAAACAAAAUUACUUAUACUUUUGUAUUCGAGCCAAAACUUAAUUACUAAACUUUUAAAAGCACUUUCUUUCUUUUAAACAACCCUGAAAUUCCCUGAAGUCGCAAUAGUAAGUGAAUUCACAUAAAACACGCCAAACGACGUGAACGUUUUACUCUGUUGGCGUGGUCAUGAGUCGUGAAAAUGAUGUAAAAAUCGUAGCAGUUUGAACAACUAUACGGCGUACUAGAAUGCUUAAGGAAUGCGAAUUAUAGUCCCCUUUAUCUUAGAGUAAAGAUGCUAUUGUUGAUGAGCACGUUCUCUUUGUUUUUGCCAAACUCUCUAGUAGUGUUUGUUGGCAAACGAAACAUGAAGUCACAAAUGCGCCCUUCCAAAAAUACAGCCUCGUUAUAGUGAUUGAGAUAUUGGAUAUAGAUUCUUUUAUCUUGUUGCCAGUUUAGUUUUAGUUUUAAUAAGCUUUCGUACAUCAUUUUACGAGGAGUUAUUAACUACAACAGAGCAAGCUCCAGGGCAGCAAAAAAAGAAUUUUCUUCCUGGGACCACAACCUGGAGACAAAAAUUUCCCGCAGACCAACGGAGUAUUUUGUGCUAAAUCUGCAUGUGCAUAAACAUAUAGUGUUCUAGCUGACCAUUGUUUUAAAUUCAAGGAAUAAUGUUUAUCAACCAUAUGUUGUUGCGCCCAUAGUGGACAUGGAUGUUAAGGUUUCCUUCAAAUUUUCAAUAGCAACUCUUCAUUCAAACGAAUUUCCUGCAGCUGUUUAACAUUUCUUGUGAGCAGUGCUUGCAUGCUCGCCUAUUUUUCCACCCCUGGCAAUCCAGGUUUAACUCCAUAUACAGUUACAAUAGACCUUUAUAAAAGUAGAUCAUCAGUAACAAGAUAAAGGUCUCUAAAACCGAGAUCUGAAUCACGAAAACGAGGCUCUGUAGCCAAAACAGUACUUUCUACAAGGGUGUAUUAGACUAUUGUCAUUGAAUGCUUACAAUUUAUUGUUAAACCAAGUUAUCUCCUCCUUUAAGGUCGCAGAGUCAAAUCAUAAUCAUGCCAAUGAGAGAAUGCUUUUUCAUGGUAAGAUUUAAAAGAUUCAUUGAAUGGUUUUGUCCGUUGUUACUGAAUAAUACUUUACAAUAUCUUUGCAUAUUUUUCAGGCUCACCGUUUGUCAAUUCCAUCGUUCAAAAAGGAUUUGAUGAACGUCAUGCUUACAUUGGUGGGAUGUUUGGUGCAGGUAAUGAUGACUCAUUCAUAUUGUGAUGUUUUAUUGCAUGAGCUUCUAAUAUUUGAAAUAAGUUUAUUCCUAGGUAUUUAUUUUGCUGAGAAUUCCUCUAAAAGUAAUCAAUAUGUCUAUGGUAUAAAUGGUGGAAGUGGUUGUCCUGCUCAUAAAGAUCGUUCAUGUUAUGAAUGUUCCAGGUAAAAUCUUGUAAAUAUUCAUAUCGUGUGUCUGAAACCGUGUUAUCGUGAGAGUAAUAGGAGACCCCCGAGGGAAAUAAACCCGAAUCGAUGCCUGUUCGUAUCGCAGACUACCUGUUCGCUGGCUACCAAAAACUCGCAGUUGAUGAGGCAAAAAAAAAAUAUGUGGGUUUCCGGUUUCUUCUUAUAAAAACUUAGGUAGGGUAGGUCGAUUUUAACUUUUUUUUUUAAACUUUUUUUUUAUUUUUCCGAACAAGCGGACGCCAUUUUGUUUAGUCAGUGCUUCCACAUCCAAAGAUAAAUUUCCCUAAUAUUGCCUCAAAUUUCAAUUUUCCACAAACUUUUCCUCUAAGUGGAAACCUUACAAGCAUGAUCCAAUAAAAAAGUUUAGGGUCGGGAUUUCGACGUCCAAAAGCUAGGUAGGGUCGGGAAACCGGAAACCCACAUUUUUUUUUUUGGCCCGAGAAUGGCUGAGAGUUGAUGAAAAUGGCUGAGAGUUACACACGUAAAAAUGUGUACGAACUUGCAGCAGAAUUGUAGCAAUGCUGUUCCAACAACUUCUCAACAGGAUGUGUUUUGUUCCCAGCUUGUUGACAAGUUGUCAGCUAGAAGGUUGUUGAGCUCCGCAGACUCGGUCAAGUUGUUUCAACAACUUGUUAUCAUCCUCCAAUUCGACAAUUUGUCAACAAGUUGUGAAUGACAGUCUUGUAGCAACAUUGUUACAACUUGUUGACAAGAUUGCUACAAGCCUGUUGCUACAACUACAAGCCUGUUGACGAUUUUAGAUGAUCAGGGCUUACGUGUGUGUUAGCGUGUAGCCAAUGUUACUAAAAAUUCAGUAUUACUAAAAAUUACGUAAUUGCAUAUUUUUUUUUCAGACAAAUGUUGUUAUGUCGCACAGCACUUGGCAAACCAUUUUAUCAAUUUUCCGCAAUAAAAGUCGCUCAUUCUCCACCUGGACAUCACUCUGUCAUCGGAAGACCCAGCGCAGGAGGACUUUCUUUUGCUGAAUAUGUUGUAUAUCGAGGAGAACAGGUAAUGAUUAGCCUUUCAACCUAUCUGUCACUUCAAGAAUAUCGUACCGUAACAUAGCACAUAUGUCUUUAUUUUGUGAACACUCGUCCAGAGCAACUAACGCUGCGCUUCAUACGUUGACGGUUAAUCUAAGUUAGUUGGCCAAGCAUGGCUAGCGAGAAAUGACAAGGUAAAACUCGAUUAUAUGUUGAAAAGAUCCAAUCAAUGAAGUUAUGAUGAAAAUUGUUCGCUGUUUAGUUUUGUCCAACAAUCAUUCUGGAUACUUGUCGGUUUUGCUAGCCCUUGCUUUGUCACUAUUUGUAUAAUAUAUCUUAAGUUUGCUUUUUGUUGUCCUUAUUAUUAGUUUUAUGUGUCAUUCUUCCUAAUUUGUGUUUUUUUUUCUUUAAAAAAAAUUUAUUGUUAGCCCCCCCCCCCCCUGUUAAGCCUAGACGUUUGGGGUAAACACCUAAAUAAAGUUUAUAUAAAAAAAGGCCUGGCCCAAACGUAAAGCUAUAUUACUAAUCCCAAUCCUUGAUCCUAAUCCUAAACCUUAUAUGACGUCAUAUCGGGGUGGUAAUAUGGAAAGUCAUCCAAACUAUCCUUCAUUUUUUCAGGCGUAUCCAGAAUAUUUAAUAGAUUAUAAAAUAGUGAAGCCAGAAAACAGAGACAGUGAUUCAUGGCUAUCGUCAUCUUCGUCAUCAUAACAACAGAUCUUUCCAGUGGGUUUCGCCGCGUGCUACAUGCCUGGGGAGAAUAUUCUGGGCUUGUUUGAGCUGGUAGUCGAGCAAUUGCUCUGAGCUUCCCAUUAAGAGGCGUUGAACCUUCAUUGGGCAUGAUACGAGCGAGAGAAUGUUUGAGCAAGUACUCCGAGCUGCUUCAACAGAACUAAGAUUCUCCUAAAGCAUGUACACCAUCGUAUAGGAUUCCAUUCUCGACUUGAUGUUAAAGUCAUGGAGUAUUCCAUCAUUACUGGUGAUGAUACGAGCAAGUAUUUCAGCAAUUGCUUCAACAGAACCAAGGUUCUGCUGAAGGGACUCGUGUGUACACCAUCAUUACUAUUCCAUCAUUACUGGGGAUGACAUGAGCAAGUAUUUGAACAACUGGUCUGAGCUGUUUUAACAGAAAUAAAGUUUUCGUUGGCACGUGUGGACAGCGUAAGACGGCUAACACGAAGUCGCCAUGCAAACCAUAUCAAGCUGCAUUCGAGCAAUUUUCGAGUUACUCGUUUUCCUGUUAUAAAUUGCGUGCUUAACCAAAUACAAAGCGUCGCCGCUAGUCGAGCCUAUCGGUAUGCUGGGGGUCAUAAUAGUACACACGUAAAAAUCUCAACUUGUCAACAAGAUGUGUUCGGAACAGGCUUGUAGCAAGCUUGUCAACAAGUUGUGUAACAAUGCUGUUAUUCCAUCAAGUUGCUACAAGGCUGUCACUCACAACUUGUUGACAAAUUGUUGAAUUGCAGGACGAUAACGAGUCUGUUGAGCUCAACAACCUUGUAGCAAGUUGUCAACAAGCUGGGAACAAGCUGUGUAUGCUAACACAUCCUGUUGUGACAAGUUGUUGGAACAUCAUUGCUACAGGUCUGCUGCAGUUUGUUACAACUUGUGCGUUUUUACGGGUGAGCACUUGUUUCCAUCCACCAAACUGACGACGUCAUUUUCGUAAGAUGGAAGUGCUGUUAAAUGGUGGCUAUGUAACAAACCCUACCCUAACCCUAACCCUAACCAAAAUAAAAUAAAUCCAAAAAGUGACGUAACGUCAGUUCGAUGGUUGGAAACGAGUGAAAACCAUUUUUACGUGUGUAGACCUUGCGCAACAGCGCCUACGACGCGUUUAAUGCUAAUUCAAUUAUAUAAAUUGUAUAUGCAUUCAUUAACAUUAAUAUAUGGUGAAUGGCCAUUAUAUAUAGUAACAAUCGUGGCGUAUAAAUGCAAAUUGAGGAAUUGUAAUAUAGUGUGUACAAAAAGAAUAAAUAUAAUUUAAAAGUCAAAGAUCCCAAGUUUAUACACAAUACAGAUAUUGUUAUUUUAAUACAAAAUCUUCUAGCAAAUGUUUGGCAUACUAGGUAGCAAACACAUUAUUUGCAUUAGUUUUAACAAAAAAUAUUUUUCUGACAACACUAGUAUUUUAUAAUGUCUAAUGUAUGUCUCUGUGACAAUAUAUUUAGUAAUUGCUUUAAUAUUUGUUGUACACACAGUGUUUCCCAGAUAGAUAUAUUUCCCAAAUGGCCAAAUACCACCAUAUUUAAGGCUAAUGCCUUACUUUUUGCCCCCCCCCCCCCUUUCAAAAAUCGAAAAGGGGGCACAAAAUGGACAAAAAGUAAGGCAUUAGCCUUAACUUUUCGUGCCCCUUUUUUGCCCCUUCGAUUUUUGAAAAAGGGGCAACAAAUGGACGAAACGGUAAGGCAUUAAAUACCUUACUUUUUUGCCAUUUUUUGCUCCUUUGAAAAUCGAAAAAGGGGCAAAAAUGGACGAAAAGUGCAUUAAAUGCAUUACUUUUUUCCCAAUUUUUGCCCCUUUUUCGAAAAUUGAAAGAGGCAAAAAAAAAUGGACGAAAAGUUAAGGCAUGAUCCUAACUUUUUUGGCAAUUCUACCAUGGAGAUUAUGGCGAGAACGGGACACAGAAGUACGCCAGCUAGUACGAAGUUAUAAAAGGCCAAGCGGUGAAUGGACGACUUGCGCUUUAGACUAAAUUUUAAUCUAAGUAAGAACAACGAAAUCUAUCACCACAGCUAGAAAGAGCGUCUUGGAAUUAGUAAUAUUACAAAGUUUGGUUGCGAAAUGUUGUAAAAUACGGACAAUAUAGCCCUUCAAAUUUGGCAAAUUUGUAUAAAAAAAUUACGUGCGUGAAUUGGUAACUAAAUUAGUUACCAAUUUCCGCACGUAAUAGAAAUGUGUACAAAUUUGCCAACUUCGCAGGGCUAUACUUUCCGUAUUUUACAACAUUUCGCAACCAAACUUUGCAGUUUUUCUAAUUUUGAUAACUUCUUUCCGAAAAUAUCCUUUGUUAUUCCCAGAUUAAACAUUUUUCUAAAGCGCAAGUCGUCCAUUGCUGCAAAAAGUAUCAGAUGCCUUACAAGCACGAAUGAGUCCAAUUAAAAUUAGAGAAAAAGUAGAAUCCAACAAAGUUGUCGCAAAAAUGGUGUGGAAAAAGAGCAAAGGAAAGACGUACCACAUUAAAUUUGAAUUUUGAGUCAAAUGAACAGUACUGAAUUAUGACUUGAACUUACGUAUUGAAGUUAGUUUAUUUUUUUAGGGAAUUGGUGUAUGUGCCUAUUAAUGCUAUAAUUAUAACGAAAAUGUUGAUCUGCUUACUUUGUAAUUUUUGGAUAACUUGUACUAUUUUAUACUUAUUUAUUUUACUUAUGCAAUCUAGAAAAGAAGGCUAAGGUGGAUAAGUUGCGAUAGGCUUUCAACUUGUGGUAAAGACUACAGGCUGUGUAAUGUACCAUUGUGGUUCAAGUCCUACAGAAAUCAUUUUGUGAUUCGAAAAUGGUAGAAUUUUAAUUAAUACACAAGCUAGACAAUAAAUAAGGUGAAUAAGUCGCGGUAGGCUUCCAACAACGAGCAAGUGGCCUAUUGGUAAAGACUGCAUGCUGUGUGAUGUGUACCAUUGUGGUUCAAAUCCUACCCAAGUCAUUUUGUGUGUUGAAAUGUGUUCAAUAUUAAUUAUACAAGCUAGAGAAAAAAGGUUAAGGUGAAUAAGUUGCGGUAGGCUUCCAACGACGAGCAAGUGAUCUAUUCGUAAAGACUACACGUUGUGUAAUGUGCCAUUGUCGUUCAAAUCCUACAGAAGUCAUUUUGUGUCUUGAAAUGUGUCGAAUAUUAAUUAUACAAGCGAGAAAAAAAGGUUAAGGUGGGCAAGGUGAAUAAGUCGCGAUAUGCUUCCAACAACGACCAAGUGGUCGAGUGGUAGCGAUAUCGGACUGUAAAGCCCUGGGCACACUAGGAAACAUUUGUGAUGUUUCCCUCAAAUGUUUCCCUGUUUACCCACCCAUGGAAACAAUUUAUAUAAUAAUAUAAUAAUAACUUAUAUAAUAAUUCCAGAAAGCUUGUGGAUUGUAGAUUUCAAAAAUACAAUUUUCAGGCUGGCCCAAAUUCAAGUCUCUGCUACAAUGGCCUUGAAAGUCAAUAGAACAUCAGGUUCGAAACCGCAUAAUAUUAACUUUCACGUCUUUUUCGAUUAUGCGCCAUCGAUAGAAAGCUUAUGGACCGUAGAUUCUAAAAAUACAAUUUUCAGACCGUGACAAAUUCCCGUUUCUGCUGCAGGGACCUUGAAAUUCAAUAGAACAUCAGAUUCGAAACAGCCCAAUCCCUAACCCUCACUUAUAUAAUACUAACUUUAUCGUCUUUUUCGAUUACACAGCUGGAAAAAACUGCUUUUUAUCUCCACUUCCGACCUAGUGAUGCACGAAUGAGGCAUCGACAGAAAGCUAAUGGAUCGUAGAUUUCAGAAAUACAAUUUACAAGCUGGCCCAAAUUCAAGUGUCUGCUACAAGGGCGUUGAAAUUCAAUAGAACAUCGGGUUCGAAACCGCAUAAUAUUAACUUUCACGUCUUUUUCGAUUAUGCACCUGGAAUAACCUGCUUUGUUUCUUCAUGUACUGUCUUUUGAUACACAAGUAAGGCAUCGUUAGAAAGCCUAUGGACCGUAGAUUCUAAAAAUGCAAUUUUCAGACCGUGCCAAAUUCCAGUUACUGCUGCAGAAGCCUUGAAAUUCAAUAGAACGCAAGUUCGAAACCGCAUAAUAUUAACUUUCACGUCUUUUUCGAUUAUGCACCUGGAAUAACCUGCUUUUUAUCUUCAUAAAAUGUCUUUUGAUGCACGAGUAAGGCAUCGUUAUAGAAAGCUAAUGGAUAGUAGAUUUGAGAAAUACAAUUUACAAGCUGGCCCAAAUUGAAUCUCUGCUACAAGGGCCUUGAAAUUCAAUAGAACAUCAUGUUCGAAACCGUAUAAUAUUAACUUUCACGUCUUUUUCGAUUAUGCACCUGGAAUAACCUGCUUUUUAUCUUCAUAAACUGUCUGUUGAUACACGAGAAAGGCAUCGACAGAAAGCUAGUGGAUUGUAGAUUUGAGAAAUACAAUUUACAAGCUCGCCCAAAUUCAAGUCUCUGCUACAAGGGCCUUGAAAUUCAACAGAACAUCAUGUUCGAAACCGCAUAAUAUUAACUUUCACGUCUUUUUCGAUUAUGCACCUGGAAUAACCUGCUUUUUAUCUUCAUAAACUGUGUUUUGAUAAACGAGUAAGGCCGCGAUAGAAAGCUUAUGGACCGUAGAUUCUAAAAAUAAAAUUUUCAGACCGUGCCAAAUUACAGUUACUGCUGCAGAAGCAUUGAAAUUCAAUAGAACGCACGGUUCGAAACCGAAUAAUAUUAACUUUCACGUCUUUUUCGAUUAUGCACCUAGAAUAACCUGCUUUUUAUCUUCAUCAACUGUCUUUUGAUCCAGGAGUAAGGAAGCGAUAGAAAGAUUAUGGACCGUAGAUUCUAAAAAUACAAUUUUCAAACCGUGCCAAAUUCCAGUUACUGCUGCAGAGGCCUUGAAAUUCAAUAGAACGCACGGUUCAAAACCGCAUAAUAUUAACUUUCACGUCUUGUUCGAUUAUGCACCUGGAAUAACCUGUUCUUUAUCUUCAUAAAGUUUCUUCUGAUACUCAACUAAGACAUCGAUAGAAAGCUUAUGGACCGUAGUUUCUAAAAAUACAAUUUUCAAACCGUGCCAAAUUGCAGUUACUGCUGCAGAGGCCUUGAAAUUCAAUAGAACGCACGGUUCAAAACCGCAUAAUAUUAACUUUCACGUCUUUUUCGAUUAUGCACCUGGAAUAACCUGCUUUUUAUCUUCAUAAACUGUGUUUUGAUAAACGAGUAAGGCAGCGAUAGAAAGCUUAUGGACCGUAGAUUCUAAAAAUAAAAUUUUCAGACCGUGCCAAAUUCCAGUUACUGCUGCAGAAGCAUUGAAAUUCAAUAGAACGCAUUCGAAACCGAAUAAUAUUAACUUUCACGUCUUUUUCGAUUAUGCACCUAGAAUAACCUGCUUUUUAUCUUCAUAAACUGUCUUUUGAUCCAGGAACGAGUACGGCAGCGAUAGAAAGCAUAUGGACCGUAGAUUCUAAAAAUACAAUUUUCAGACUGUGCCAAAUUCCAGUUACUGCUGCAGAAGCAUUGAAAUUCAAUAGAACGCACGGUUCGAAACCGAAUAAUAUUAACUUUCACGUCUUUUUCGAUUAUGCACCUAGAAUAACCUGCUUUUUAUCUUCAUAAACUGUCUUUUGAUCCAGGA